CCUUGUCAUUGAAGACAUUAAAAAACAGUGGUAGGCUUCUGCAUUAAUGGUGCUAUGCCUAAGCCACCUUUUCUAGGCCUUUCUACCAGAUUCAAGUAGUCCGGGGGUCAACGAGAUUUAUAUAUUCCACUAAACCCCCCUUUCAAUUUUUAGACUUUUUCUUCUCGUAACUUUAAAAUGAACCGUUUGGCUGUCAAAGCUCUUCGUCAACCCUCAUCCACCGGUGUCCUUCGCCGUCUUUACUCUUCUCACAAAGAAAUCAAGUUUGGUGUCGAAGGUCGCGCCGCUCUCUUGAGAGGUGUUGAUGUUUUGGCCAAAUCUGUUGCUGUCACUCUCGGUCCCAAGGGUCGUAACGUCUUGAUUGAACAACCCUAUGGCUCUCCCAAGAUCACCAAGGAUGGUGUUACUGUCGCCAAGUCUAUUGUCUUGGAAGACAAGUUUGAAAACUUGGGUGCUAGACUUGUUCAAGACGUUGCAAGCAAGACGAACGAAAUUGCUGGUGAUGGUACUACCACUGCUACCGUCUUGACCCGUGCCAUCUUUACUGAAGGUGUCAAGAAUGUUGCUGCUGGCUGCAACCCCAUGGAUCUCCGUCGCGGUGCUCAAAUGGCUGUUGAUGCCGUCGUUGACUUCUUGAAGGCUCACACUAAGGUUAUUACAACCCCUCAAGAAGUUGCUCAAGUUGCUACCAUCUCUGCUAACGGUGAUAAGCACGUUGGUAACAUGAUUGCUCAAGCUAUGGAACGCGUUGGUAAGGAAGGUGUCAUCACUGUAAAGGCCGGAAAGACAAUCGAUGAUGAAUUGGAAGUCACCGAAGGUAUGCGCUUCGACCGUGGUUUCAUCUCUCCUUACUUCAUCACCGAUACCAAGACACAAAAGGUUGAAUUCGAAAAGCCCUUGAUCUUGUUGUCUGAAAAGAAGAUCUCUCUUCUCCAAGAUGUCUUACCUGCUCUCGAAACCGCCGCCACUCAACGUCGUCCUCUCUUGAUCAUCGCCGAAGAUCUCGACGGUGAAGCCCUUGCUGCCUGUAUCUUGAACAAGCUCCGUGGUCAAAUUCAAGUUGCUGCUGUCAAGGCUCCCGGUUUUGGUGACAACCGCAAGUCCAUUUUGGGUGAUAUCGGUAUCUUGACCAACUCUACCGUCUUCUCUGACGAACUUGAUGUCAAGUUGGAAAAGGCUAGCCCUGAAUUCUUUGGUACCACUGGUUCAGUUACUAUCACCAAGGAAGAUACCAUCAUCUUGAAUGGUGCUGGUAGCAAGGAUUCCAUUGCUCAACGCUGCGAACAAAUCCGUGGUGCUAUUGAAGACCCUAGCACUUCUGAAUAUGAAAAGGAAAAGCUCCAGGAACGUCUUGCUAAGCUCUCUGGUGGUGUUGCUGUCAUCAAGGUCGGUGGUUCUUCUGAAGUUGAAGUCGGUGAAAAGAAGGACAGAUUCGAUGAUGCCUUGUGUGCCACCCGUGCUGCUGUUGAAGAAGGUAUUGUUCCCGGUGGUGGUGUUGCCCUCUUGAAGGCUGCCAAGUCUCUUGAUAGCUUGAAGGGUGCCAACUUUGACCAACAACUUGGUAUCAACAUCAUCCGUCAAGCUAUUCAAAACCCUUGCCGCACCAUUGUCGACAAUGCUGGAGGAGAAGGAUCUGUUGUUGCUGGCAAGCUCUUGGAAGAACACCCUGAUAACAUUAACUGGGGUUAUGAUGCUUCCACAAAUGAAUAUGUUGAUAUGAUCGAACGUGGUAUUGUUGACCCUACCAAGGUUGUUCGUACUGCUUUGGUUGAUGCUGCUGGUGUUGCAUCUCUUUUGACUACUACUGAAUGUAUGAUCACUGAUGCUCCUGUCAAGGCUGGUGCUGGCAUGCCCCCUAUGGGAGGCAUGGGAGGUAUGGGAGGCAUGGGAGGAAUGGGUGGUAUGAUGUAAAAGCAAUAUAUUAUUCUACACAUUACAAGUUGUACAAAUACCCUCUUCCCUCUUCUCUUUUUCUUUGUGUAUUUAAUAUUUCUGAAAAUAAAAAAUAGAGAACAUAAACAACGUUGCCAGAGAAACGACUUUAUGGGAACUAGCAGGAUUAAAGGUGACAGUUGCAAAAACUGUUGUGAAACGAUUAUGCACAUUGAUUACACCAACAUUCUUGCUACACUCUUCGUUCAUGGUUAGUUCACUUUUAGAAUGUUGUUGGUCAGUGUUGCCUGCCUGGGAAAUAUUUGAACUUGAUA